AUGUAUCCUAAGAAAGGAUAUGAUACAAAUGAGUUGCUACCCCGGGAUAAACCUCCAGUGCUGUUCAAAGAAGAGCCUGAUCAGGGUUCUAUCGCCAGAUUCGACAAUAAUAACGAUACGGCUCUGUACGGGAGGUCAUCGUUCCUGGACGCCGCGGGCAGUUUCCUCAGUGGCACAGGAGGGCAAGUGGUGACCAGCAUAGCAAAGGACUUCAUCGCUCGAUCUACAGGCAGCAGUCAGGUUUUAAGUUUAAAUUUGACGAAUUUAGUGAUCCUGAUUGUACUGAAGGCGUUAAUCUUAGCGGCUGGCUUCUUCGGGGCCGGCGCAUGGAAAGGCGGCCAUUACUACGGAAGGAGUCUGGAUGACAACAGAAACGUGACCUAUAUAAGUGAAGACGAGAUUCUGCUGUAUUUGAGUUACUUAGCCGGUCAGCAGAAGAAAGACUAUGGCUGUCUGUACCUGCUGUCAUGUCAACGACCUCAGCAGGCCAGCAUGUAUUCAUCCGGAGCUGAGCUGCUGCUUCAAGGCACUAGAAUGUUACAAGGAGACAGUGUAGACCUGGAACCUUAUGCAGCAAUAGCGAUGGGCAUCAAGCAAGCAGCUGAAUGGGGUGAAGGAGGCAUGAACUGCGAGACUCGCUACAAAUGUGGAGAAUAA